AAGCAGUCAGAAGAGUGGGCUGAAAAAGGUCUUGUUGCAGAGGCAGCACGCCAGCGCCAGUUUGAGCAAGUCAAUGCUCGUCUGGGCAAGCUGGACUUUGACGGCGUGGAGCCAGAACUUGGCCUUCACUUGCUGUCUCUCCAUUGGAACAGACAACAUCAUUCGUUCCUCAUCACGUAUCGCCCGGCGUUCAUGCGGGAUAUGGCUUGCAACGGUCCAUACUUUUCGAAGCUGCUUCUGAAUGCCAUAUACUUUAGUGCAGCAAAGUUCAGUCCACGGCACGAGUUGAGACGAGAACGCGACAAUGUCCGUACCGCGGGUUGGCGGUUCCGCGAAAGGGUCCGGGAGCUCUUAGGCGGAGCGCUUGACAAGAGUGACAUUACAACUAUCCAGGCCUUGUUGGUAAUGACCAAUUCUCUAUUCGCGCUGGGUGACGAGCGCAGUGCCGCAUGGCUGUAUGCUGGUCUAGCUUUCCGCAUGAUCGUCGAUCUAGGCAUGCAUGUUGAGUCGCCAAAGCUCACAAGCCAUCGCAAGUUCUCGGACGAGGAUUCCGAGAUUCGAAGGCGCGUCUUUUGGGCUGCCUUCGUGGUCGACAAGAUUCAGAGCCUCUACCAGGGACGACCAGUCACUAUCAAGGAAUCAGACACUCUUGUACCCAUAAAGUUCCUAGACACGUUCGAAGAAUUCGAGCCCUGGACACCUCUGGCGUACUCCACCCAACCGAGCGUGGACUAUCCAGGUUCUCCGUCAUAUACCGUAUCAACUUUCCGAUAUCUUUGCGAGUUGUCCGUGAUUCUAAGUGAUAUAUUGAGCACCAUCUACACAGAGAGGAGUUUCCAAAAUACCCCAGGAGAGCUCUCAGCCAAGCUAGAAACAAUCAAUGCAAGGUUGGCAAAAUGGCACGAGGCUCUGCCUGGUCACCUUUCUGCCACUUCGCAAAAAGCAGCGAUGACCCCUCCCCCACACGUGUUGAACUUGCAAGCCUUGUAUCACGUCUUAGUGAUCCUGUUGCACCAUCCUUUCAUCACCGAUGGUCACCAUUAUCACGCGUACCGCAACAUCUCUGCAAAGUCCCUCAAGGCCUGCGCAACAGCUGCCAAUGCCAUUGUGCAACUAGUACGCGCUUAUGAUAAAGCUUUCAGUGUAAGAAGAGCUCCCUAUCUUAUUUCGUACGCAACAUACAUGGCUGCAACCAUCUACGUGCGCAUCGCCGCGAAGAGGACUGCUGGAUCAGACGCACACAAUAGUCUUGGCACAUGUCUGGCAGUUUUCAAUGAAAACCAGCAUACCAACUCAGCAGUACGGCGCGCCAAUGCUCUGGUGCAGAACCUGAUGAAGAGACUGGGCGUGACGGUA